CCUGCAGCUACCCCACCGCCGGGCAUUACCCAGAACUUCGUAGACUCCGAAGACCUUUGGAGGGAUGUCCGCGUCUUUACCCUCGUUCCCUGCUGCCUCGCAACGGUCUUUCUCGCCUUAAGACUCUUCGUGCGUUGUUAUAUCCUCCGCCUUUUCGGCUGGGACGACUUCCUAGUAAUCCUCGGCCAGAUCUGUGCUUGGAUCUUCGGAAUCCUUAGCUUGGAGAACGUAAAGAAUGGGUACGGGGUCCAUAUAUGGAACCUUGCGGUGUAUAAGGUCAUUGCGUUUAAAAAAUAUGACCUCGUCGAGGUAGACAUCUACUGCCUCGGAGUAAUGUUUAUUAAGCUCUCGGUCCUAGUCUUCUACCUUCGCCUUAACCCCGACGAGACGUUCCGCAAAAUGACGUAUUGUCUUAUGAGCCUUGUGAUAGCAUAUAAUAUCAUCAGUAUUAUUGUAUUCACCUGCGCCUGCGUGCCCGUCCGCGCACAAUGGGAAAUCCUUAUAACGAACGCUAAAUGCAUCAACCAAUUUGCCUUUAUCUACGCCAACGCCUCACUAAACAUGUUAACUGAUUUCUUGGGUCUUUUCCUUCCGAUCCGCAUGGUCUGGAAUCUACAAUUUCGGAGCAUAAAGCAAAAGAUUCUACUCCUAAUCGCGCUGACUGUUGGAUCCCUCGCGUGCAUCCUUAGCAUCACCCGUAUCGUCACGACGCUCCCGUACAACAAUAGCAUUGACGUAACGUGGUUUAAAGAGACGACGGAUAAAUGGUGCAUGGUCGAGAUUAACGUGCUAACUAUUACAGCGUGUAUCCCGACGAUGAAGCCGCUGCUUAACGCCCUAUUCCCUACCGUGUUCGGUAGU